CUCAGACUUGUACGUCAGGAAGAAGGAGAGGAGCCUCUCUCCAUGAUGGCUGCGACCAUUGACAACAGCAAUGCCGUGCAGGCGACAAAGAGAAAGCACCUCGGCAUCCCCGAAGCUGUCUUCGUGGAGGAUGUCGACUCUUUUAUGAAGCAGCCAGGAAACGAGACGGCGGACGCAGCGCUGAGGAAGCUGGACGAACAGUACCAGAAAUAUAAAUACAUGGAGCUCAACCUGUCUCAGAAGAAACUCAGGUUGAAAAGCCAGAUCCCACAAAUCACACAGACGCUAGAAAUCCUUCGACACAUGCAGAAGAAAAAGGAAACCACAGCGCCCAUGGAAACACACUUCCUAUUGGCUGACAAUGUUUACUGCAAGGCUUCAGUGCCGCCCACCGACAAAGUCUGCCUAUGGUUAGGGGCUAACGUCAUGUUAGAGUACGACAUCGAUGAAGCCCAGGCUCUCCUAGAGAAGAACCUAUCCACGGCAUCUCGUAACCUAGAGACACUCGAGGAUGAUCUGGAUUUCCUGCGAGACCAGUUCACCACCACCGAAGUCAACAUGGCACGAGUCUACAACUGGGACGUGAAGAGAAGGAGCAGAGAAAACCUCCUCAAAUCAGCAGACAAGUCUUAAUAUCCACAGGACAGCGUCCACGUCCUCCUCCUGCUAACCAUCUUCUCCUUUAGUCAACAGUAAACAAACCCUGCCCCCCCCUCCACCGAGUCAUGUGUAUGUUCACCACAGAGCUCGAAACAUCAGAGCGCAUGUUUGAAAUAUUUCUCAAAGCGUUCUUGAUUUAAGAUUUUUAAAUCAAGCGCGCCUCAUCGUUUUAAUUUUGAACGUGCCCUCUGUUGGGUCGAGCUCAAACAUCCACCACUACUGUUUUUCUGUUGAUUUGUUACUUUUUAAAGUAUUUUUUCAAGUAAAAAACUAACAAAAACAAAGGCAACGAGACAAUUUUGUAUUCUUUUUAAUGAUUUCAGUAUGUUCCUGUUAUCUUUGGCAGACUAAUGAGUGAGGGUUCUCUCGCAACGUCUUUUCUUUCCCUGCAUUUUUUUCCUCUUUCUUACUGACCUGCACUUGUUUUUGUUUUUUCUUCAACACGCAACAACAUUCACAAGAUGUGGGACUUUUUUUGAGUUGUUAAUUCUUGAGUCCGGUUGCCAUUAUACUCCGUAGAAUCUGGCUCGUAGGAUGACAAAGUUCACAACGCAAGAAGAAGAAUACAUAAUAAAAACUAGUUCUGCCUUGUGGCUUCAGUUUUCACUUGAGAGGGAUUAACUGUUCUCCUGCUCCACAUCUGCUGCUUCUCCUCCAUCCCUCGACCUUCCACCUCCUCCUCUCCUUUAAGCCGCUGUUCUGUCUGUAUUUAUUUGUCUCUCACUGUAUCCAUUAAACAAUGAAUGAAGUAAAAGAAGAACAUUUGGGCAAAGAGAUAAGACCUUGA